AUGUCUGACGACCUGACAGAGGAGGAGCUGGAGGACUGCAUAGAAAGCUUGGAAGAACCUGAAAUUGAGGUACCAGAACUUGAGGUACCAGAACUUGAGCCUAAAGAAGAAAUCAUAAAGCCGAGGAUCUCCAAGUAUGAGUUGGGGUCUUCGCCGGUGGUCCCCAAGAGGAGGCCUGAUGAUAGUUUGUUGCCUAUACCCAUACCUGAUGUGGACUUGAAACAACUUGAGCUUCUGAAGCCUCCUGCCUCUGAGCACGAGUUUUGGGCUUUGUUGAAUGGCCACAAGAAGAAGUCUGAUGAUGGUUCAGAAAUACCAGACUUGGACAUCAAACAAGUGAAGCGUCUCAAGCCUCCUGCCUCUAAGCCCAAGUUGUUGGCUUCGCUGAAUGGUCACAAAAAGAAGUCAGAUCAUGGUAGUUCGAAUAUACCUGACUUGGACAUCAAACAAGUGGAGCGUCUAACGCCUCCGAUAUCCCAGUACCAGCUUGGGCUAUGGUUGAGGAGUCAUAACUUGGAAUCUUUGGGAAGUUUGUGGCAUAUACCCAUACCUGAUGUGGACUUAAAACAACAGGAGCAUCUGAAGCCUCCUGCCAAGGGUCAUGAGAAGAAGCCUAAGGAUGGUUCAAAAAUACCAGACUUGGACAUCAAACAAGUGAAGCGUCUCAAGCCCUCAGUCUCCCAGUACAAGUUGGAGCUAUGGUUGAGGGAUCAAAAUGGGAAAUCUUUGGGAAGCUUGUUGCAUGUACCCAUACCUGGUGUGGACUUAAAACAACUGAAGCAUCUGAAGCUUCCCACCUUCAAGCACGAGUUGUGGGCUUUCCUGAAGGGCCACGAGAAGUCUGAUGAUUGUUUGAAAAUACCUGACUUGGACAUCAAACAAGUGGAGCGUCUCAUGCCUCUGAUCAUGAAGUUCUACGUGUUGCAAUGGUUGAGGCAUCAAAAUUUGGGAUCUUUGGAAAGUGUGCUGAAUUUACCCAAUGUGGAUUUAAAACAACUGGAGCAGCUGAAGCUUGUCACAGAGGAAGAGUUAUGGGCCUCUCUGAAAGCUCAUGAGAAGAAGUCUGAUGAUGGUUUGAAUAUACCAGACUUGAACACCAAACAAGUGGAACAUCUAACGCUUGGGACAAGGGUCACUUGGAGGCAGUGCCUGGGCCUCCUAGGCCAUGACAGCAGCAGUGCAGGUGAUUCCACUGGCCCUAUUUACACAUGCUCCCAGUGCAAAGGUUCCUCUAGUGGCUGGAACUUUGUCAGGAGGAACAAUCCUCCUCUGGGCAUCAACACCAUGGCAAACUAG